UGGAAGAGAAUGACGUAAGAGGUGUAAAUCAAAGAUGGCUUCUCAAUCACAAGGAAUUCAACAACUUUUAGCCGCUGAAAAGAAAGCUGCGGAGCUUGUAAGCGAUGCUAGAAAACGCAAGACAAAACGGUUAAAGGAAGCCAAAGAAGAAGCGCAGGCCGAAAUUGAGCUGUUUCGUCGCGAACGGGAGAAAGCAUUUGAAGAAUAUCAGAAAACUCACAUGGGAUCAAAGGAUGAAUUUGUCCUGCAAGAUGAGCAAGACACAAGAGCAAAAUUGGAAGAAAUUGAGAGGAAUGUUCAAACAAAUAAAGAUGCCAUGAUUGAACGCAUUCUGUCUUUGGUUUAUGAAAUCAAACCAGAACUCCAUCAGAAUGUUCGUUUAUAGACCAACAGGAAUGUGAAUCCAUUUCCAUUUCAAAUGGUUGAUAUCCUUUCAUGCAUAAUUUAUUGAUUUAAAAUAAGCAAUUACUCAAUACUCUGUCAUUAUUUUAAUUCCUCUGAUCAUACCAGGUGUAAUGGCUUAGUUCUCUUAAGAAAGUGGCUUUAAAGUCGAAGUUAAAAAGUCACUUGCUACCAGAGGAUGCUGAGUCAAAUAUGUUAAUUUCAUUCUCACAUAUUUUAUGUGUUAGUUUAUAAUGUUCAACUUUUGCUACCUUCUCCUGUGUAAUAAAUGAUAAUUAUUGUGAUCA